GCUGCGUUUAAACUUUCCGCCAAAAUUUAACAGCAAGCUAGCUCAUCGAACUUUCAUUUGCUUUAGGCUUUCAUGGCAAAUCUUUCAUGGAAACCAAACAAUUCUGUCAACUGCCACAUUCCCCAGCCUACCACUUCCUUCUUCAAGCAGGACCGCGUCUCAAACCUCUCCAGCAAGUUCACGCUUACGUUAUCGUCUCGGGCUCUGGUCACAGCAGAUCCCUUCUCACCAAGCUUCUCAAUCUAGCUUGCGCUGCAGGCUCCAUUAUCUACACGCGCCAAAUCUUUCUCUCUGUUGCAAAUCCAGAUUCCUUCUUAUUCAACACCCUCAUUAAAUCCACAUCUAAAUUUCAUAAAUUCUCCAUUUAUUCACUGUUCUUCUAUAAUUGCAUGCUUCUUUCUGACAUUUCACCAUCAGCUUAUACUUUCACGUCUAUUGUAAAAUCGUGUGCUGAUUUAUCUUCUUUGAAACUCGGUAAAGUUGUUCAUGGACAUGUUUUGGUUAAUGGGUUUGGCUUGGAUGUUUAUGUCCAGGCGGCUUUAGUGGCUUGUUAUGCGAAGUCUGGUGAUUUGGGUAACGCAAGGAAGGUGUUUGAUAAAAUGCGUGAAAGAAGUGUUGUGUCGUGGAACUCGAUUAUUUCAGGAUAUGAGCAAAAUGGCUUUGGAAGAGAGGCUAUUCGGCUGUUUAAGAAAAUGAGGGAAGAGGGUUUUGAACCGGAUUCUGCUACUUUUGUUAUUGUGUUAUCAGCUUGUGCUCAGUUGGGUGCACUUAGUAUGGGGUGUUGGGUGCAUAAGUAUACUAUUGGGCAUGGUUUGGAUCUGAAUGUGGUGCUUGGAACUUCGUUGAUUAACAUGUAUACAAGAUGUGGGACUGUGACGAAAGCAAGAGAAGUUUUUGAUUCAAUGAAAGAAAAGAAUGUUGUUACUUGGACAGCAAUGAUUUCUGGAUAUGGAACAAAUGGUCAUGGUCGACAAGCUGUGCAGUUGUUUGAUGAAAUGAAAAGGAGAGGACCAUGUCCUAAUAGCGUUACAUUUGUAGCUGUUUUAUCUGCAUGUGCUCAUGCAGGAAUAGUUAAAGAAGGUUGGCAGGUGUUUGUGAGCAUGAGAGAAGAGUAUCACUUAAAGCCAGGUGUGGAGCAUCAUGUUUGCUUCGUGGAUAUGCUUGGGCGUGCUGGACUUCUUGAUGAAGCAUAUAAAUUCAUUAAUGAAGAACUUCCUAAAGAGCCGGCAGCAGCUAUCUGGACGGCUAUGCUUGGUGCUUGCAAGAUGCAUAAGAAUUUUGAUCUUGGCAUACAAGUUGCUGAGCAUCUGUUAGCCAUUGAACCAGAAAAUCCAGGUCACUAUGUGAUGCUUUCAAAUAUAUAUGCUUUGGCAGGUAGAAUGGACCAAGUGGAGAUGGUUAGAAGCAAUAUGAUCCGAAAACGUGUAAAGAAGCAAGUCGGCUAUAGCACCAUAGAAGUUGCUCACAGAACUUAUUUGUUUAGUAUGGGUGACAAGUCCCAUCCGGAGACGAAUGAAAUCUAUCGAUAUUUGGAUGAACUGAUGUUGCGAUGCAGAGAAGCAGGUUAUGCAGCAACACCUGAGGCAGUGAUGCAUGAACUGGAAGAGGAAGAAAGAGAAUUUGCACUUAGGUAUCACAGUGAAAAGCUGGCAAUAGCAUUUGGGCUAUUGAAAACCAACCAUGAAACUCCUAUCAGGAUUGUAAAGAACCUUAGGACGUGUGAGGACUGUCAUUGGGCAAUUAAGUACAUUUCAAUUAUUGCUAAUAGAGAAAUUAUUGUUCGGGAUAAGAUUCGUUUCCACCAUUUCAAGGACGGCUCAUGUUCUUGUCUAGAUUUCUGGUGAUGGAUGCCUUUUGGCACAUAGCAUUCCACAGUAUCUCGAGUCUUGACCGAUGAGAAUAACCAGAACUAUUCUACAUCACCUUCUGAGACAAUUACUUUGGUGCUCCAUCAAUUUUCAUAUUGAUAAAUAUAGGAACGUACUGACAUUUAACGCAGAAUGGUUGGCUUCUUAUACUUUAAUAUUCGUACUAUCCUUGAUUUAGAUGAUAAGACGAAAUUCUUCUGAGUGAAGCAUACAAAAAGUUGUUCUGGAAUUGAACUUGAUAAUACGUAAGCAACAUCAUUGGCAGCCUUUGUGCUGGUGAUGGAAGAGAUGGAUGGGGCCGGCUGUUACAUAAUGAGACGAUCUGGCAGUGGGAACUGUGUCCCCCGAGGUGAUAUUAGAGAUUUUGAUCCAAAGGGCAGAUGAGGGAGGUUACACUGUCAUGUGAUUGGAAGAGAUUAGCCAUGAUGAGUUCUAAUCUCAUUUCGGGAGGUAAGUUUUGGAACAGGGAUGAUGCCUCUUUUACGAGUGCCUUCCAGUUAACCUAAUUGUUGCUGGACAUCCAUUGAUUCUGGGCACCUGUGAUGGCAGGGCGGCACAAGUUUCAACUCUAGUAAGAAACUUAAAAUAUCUAGAGAAACAUUAGUAUUAGCUCCUUCCUGAACUAGUACUACAUAUGAAACCCAGCUAGGAUUUCCAGAUCCGCAAAAAACAAAAUGUCGCUACAUAGAGUGAUACUUGUUAGUCCAGCAGACAAUCUUUUUUUGAGCUUUCGACAACCAAUAGAUGCCUUUUGUUUUAA